AGUUAGUUUCGAAAACAAUAUGUCCGACCGGAUUUCACUGCAUGAUCCUUCCCUUUGACGAUGUUUUAAAAUCCAUCCACAAAUAAUACACGAUGACUAACCUCAAAGCAUACAAGAUACAAGAUGUCUCUAGAACAAGAAGGAAAGGAGUUGUGGCUCGGAGCUUAUCGGAGCUACGAUCUAAAGCUAUCAAAACCCUUGACUUACCAAAAGGCUCUCGUGUGUGUAUGGAAGACGGGACGGACGUGGAAGAUGAAGACUAUUUUGAUACUUUACCGCCACAGACUGUGUUAGUUAUUGUCAGACCUGAUGAGGACUGGGACGGAUAUCUUACCAUCCUGAAACAUGCCACCCAGAAGGUCUUCCGAGCAAUGUCCAAACGGAAUCAAAUAGUGGACCAGAUCCGUGACCUAAUGACAGGUGAUGAGUCGAGUGAAAUGUACUCGGUAAUGGCAGCAUUUCUGAACCAGCUGCAAGAGAAUAUUGAAGCUGAAACAAAAGAAGAUGACCCUCUUUGGUUUGAGGGUGUCAGUGCAUCAUUCCAAACCAAGGAGGAUGCCAUGAAGGCUAGUGCCCAAUCGAGAAUCAGGAAUUACUUUUCCACAGCCAAGGAAUAUAUAGAAAAGGAAGGAAGCAAACGGUCCAAGCCUCUGUUGCUAGCAGCUUUGUCUAACUUCCAACAGCAGUUGAAAAAAGACCACUAUUUUGGCAGCUAUUUUGUGAGAUCAGCAUGUGAAUCACAGCGCCUUUGCUGUUCAGAUGGCUGGUUCAAUUGCAUGGGAAAGUUUGACAGUAGUCACUGUACAAAGCUUCACAAGAUUAACCCAUAUGGAAGCAAGGAGGGAAGGGUUCUCUUCAGUACCUGGAAUUUAGAUCAUGUAAUAGAAAAGUCAAGAGAAAUUCUUCCUUCUAUGGUGAAAGCGGCUGAGGAGUGUCCGAAAGGCAAGCAGCUCAAUUGGAAGUACUUUUAUUCCUUGUUAUUUACUUGUGUGAAUCUGAAGCUGGUUCACAUUACCUGCCAUUUUAAAGGUGAACACGAAGGACAAGUGUGUUCUACGAAGCAGUUUUAUGAAAAAAAAGGAGAAAUAACAAUAUAAAAAUACAAUAUUUUGUGGUAUAUUGUAAUAUAAAAAAUGGUGAAUUACUGGGUUUUUUUUAUUCUGGUACAUUAUGUAUACUUAUCAUUCUGUCUUUGUCUUGGGAAGGUGGUAGCAAGCCCCCUCCCUCCCCUCCCUCUCCAUUCACCCCCUUGGGUAUGGGCCUGAACGCUCCAAAAGCGAUUACGUUUGCCAAGUUAACAUUGACUAACUGAAAUAAAAUAAAAUGUAUGUAAAAAUGAA